AUGGCGAUGGCGAUGGUGAUAGUCGCACGUUCCUUCCUGGGUGAAAGGCGUGGCAGCCAGCUAUCGAUAAGAAUAUCAACAUGGUACGAUUACGUGGACCGACUGCGGGCAGAAGAAGCAAUAACAGCCCUACCGGAGGAGGUUUGUUAUUCUAAGGCCACAACGCCGCGACUGAGACGAGGGCGACAACGGGCGGCGCGGGUGUCGCUCGCGGCGCGCGGAGAGCUGAGCGAUAAUAAUAAUAAUAAUAAUAGAUCUGAGCAGAAAGAGACAGAGGAAAUGCCGUGA